CGUCCUUGCUUACCCAACCCCUUAAAAAUAUGAUCCCAGUCAUACACUCCAGUGGGAUGGGUGCACAUUUUUAAUGACUCAGUAGAAAGCUUAGCUUUUUUCCUCGAGUGAAUUCCUAAUUUCGUAAUAAUUAAAUUUCCCCGAGAGCUAACAGAAAGAAGAAAAAAAGCUGUGCUUGUUACAUUAUUGCACCUGUAUUGACAUAUCUGGAAAACACCUGUAUGCCCAUGUUCCAUGACGAAGGUGGACGUUAAGAGCGGCGAAAGGAGAUCCCAACGUUCAGUCAUUUUUGUGACAUUCUAUAAACGGUUAUUGAUUUAUUUGUAAAGAGAGAGCUGUACCUUGUAUCAGAACGCAUUUACUCCCAAUCAAAGCCUCGUAAAACUGCAGCCAUGUUUAAGAGAAACCGGAAAAUCACUUGUUUCAUUUUAGCGAGUUUCUCGUUAUUAGUUGGCCCACUUUAUUGGCAUCAACUAUCGAAACCAACAACCGAAUUGAAGCGGCAUCCAUCGGCAUUACAAUCAACUACGGAACGGUAUCAACUGUUGGAAACAUACCUGACUGAAAAUCUAUCAGAAAAGAAUCCAACAUUCAAACGGAUCGUGUUUUGGAAUGAGGCUUACGGGAACAAAAAAUAUAGCGUCGGAUUCGGACGUGAUGCCUUGCGAAGAUUCGGAUGUCCCGUCUGGGAGUGCGAGACUACAGAUAAUCGAACAGAUAUUCACACAAGUGAUGCUGUAAUUUUUCACCUUCGGAGCUGGACGAAAAGCGAUUUGCCUGAACGAAGAUUACCUCAUCAACGCUACGUUUUCUGGAGCAUAGAAUCUCCAGCUUGGAGUGGACACGCCCACACCAAUCAAAUGGGUGGAUUUUUUAAUUGGACGAUGACUUAUCGAUGGGAUUCGGACAUGGUCGCGAUUUAUGGCAACAUUAAACCCAUCGGGAAAGUGCCGCUUCAUCCCGAUGAAGAUCAGAUGAAGAUUUACUUAGUCAAUUCUAGAAAAGCGGAUAAUUACGCAAAGGGAAAAACGAAAAUGGCCGCUUGGUUUGUGUCGAAUUGCAAUUCGAAAAGCAGCCGAAACGAAUUUGUUAGGGAACUUCAAAAGUACAUCGAUGUCGACGUGUACGGUAAAUGCGGAACGAUGCAAUGUUCCCCGACGACUGAUGGACAAUGUCGUGAUAUGGCGGCCAAAAAUUACAAGUUUUUCAUGUCGCUGGAGAAUUCUUUAUGUCCCGAUUACAUCACGGAAAAGUUUUUCGUGAUGAUGAAUCGCACGAUCCUGCCCAUCGUUUACGGCGUUCACGACAGUUACGAAAAAAUAGCGCCAACGCAUUCGUUCAUCAAUGCCGCCAAAUUCGAAAACGUGAAGAAAUUGGCGGAUUACCUGAUUUUACUCGACAAAAACGAUACGUUGUACAAUGAAUAUUUUUGGUGGAAGCCUCAUUUCAAAGUGAUGUUCAGCGAAGCGAACAAAGGCAUGUGUCGUUUAUGUGCUGCUCUUCACGAUAAACGUUUACCACCUAAAAUCUAUCACGACAUGACUGGCUGGUGGGAGAAAACUGUUCCGUGUCUACUAUCACCCAAGACAGUGUGAUACUCAUGAAAUACGUUUCUUUUCGUAAUUGUUCAGAUAAUGUAGAAGCUAGCACAAAUGAAUACAAUUCAAAUGAAAAACAA